GGCAAGAACUCCUCAGGGGCAGAGUGGAGGCGAUGGAGCUCCCCAACUACAGCCGGCAGCUGCUGCAGCAGCUCUACACUCUGUGCAAGGAGCAGCAGUUCUGUGACUGCACCAUUUCCAUCGGUGCCAUUUACUUCAGGGCCCACAAGCUCGUCCUGGCUGCGGCCAGCCUCCUGUUCAAAACCCUGCUGGACAACACAGACACCAUCUCCAUCGAUGCGUCUGUGGUGAGCCCCGAGGAGUUUGCCCUCUUGUUAGAAAUGAUGUACACUGGCAAACUACCCGUGGGCAAGCACAACUUCUCCAAAAUCAUCUCUCUGGCCGACAGCCUCCAGAUGUUUGAUGUGGCCGUUAGUUGUAAAAAUCUUCUGACCAGCCUUGUGAACUGCUCUGUUCAGGGUCAGGUGGUAAGGGAUGUCUCCGUACCAUCCUCAGAGGCGUUCAGGAAGGAACCGGAGAAGCCUGAAGUAGAAAUCCUUGCCUCUGAGGGCGCUGCAGAGUCUCAUCCUUCCCUGGAGGCUUCUGCCCCUCUAGGGGGCCCUGUGAAAGCCGAGACUGAGGACACACGAGAGAUGAGUAUGGGGCCUUCCAGUGCCCAGGAGAUGCAGGGGAACAUAGACACCCCAGUAGAGACUCCUCGUCCAUCUGAAGUUUGUUCCCCCUCUCCUGCUGUACAAGCCUUUAGAGAGGCAAAGGGGGCAAGCACAGAGCCAGAGUAUGAGAGGAAACACCAUCAGCUGAAUUUUCUUCUAGAGAAUGAAAGUGUCUUCUCUGAUGCACUCUUGGUUACCCAGGAUGUUUUAAAAAGACUAGAAGAAUGUUCGGAAAUUAAAGGUGCACAGGAGGAGACUAUAAUGGGAUGUCUUGAGGGUGAAGAAGGACACUCGGCAUUCCAGAGAAUCCUGGAUAAAGUAAGAGAUGAGAGCCUGGAUGUUCAGACUGUCGUGUCGCUCUUGAAGCUGUACCAAGAUUCCAAUCCCGCAGUAAAGGCAGCACUGUUAGACAGAAAACCAGAUGUCAACGUGGUGCAGCCAAAAGGGAGCACAGAGGAGGGAAAGACCUUGUCUGCUCUGUUACUAGAACACAAAGAGGACCUGAUCCAGUGUGUCACACAGCUGAGACCUAUCCUGGAGUUCCUGGAAACAGCCAAGGAGGAAUUCCUGACUGGCACUGAGAAAAGGGUGAUCCUGGAUUGCUGCGAGGGCGGGACACCCAAGGAGACGAUGGAGAAGCUUCUGCACAGUGUGUCUGAAGAUAAGACUCUGACUGCAGAGAGUUUGGUAAAACUCCUUCAGGCUGUGAAACCGACAUCACCACACUUGGGCCUUCUGCUGGAGAAUUUGCAGCGAUUAGCCACCUCGUCAGGCACCCCAGUCCAAGCAAGCCCUGAUGAUUAUGGGACCGAGCUGUUGAGGCGGUAUCAUGAAAACCUCUCGGAGAUUUUCACAGACAACCAGAUAUUACUAAAAAUGAUCCCACACGUGAAGGGUUUAGCCCGUGGAGAAAGAGAGGUCAUGGAGAAGCUCGUGAAACGUGACUCUGGCUCGGGUGGUUUCAGUUCUCUGAUGUCAGCAGUUCUAGAAAAGCAGACUCUCUCCGCAACAGCCAUUUGGCAAUUGCUGCUGGUGGCUCAGGAGACCAAGACCUGCCCCCUGAACCUGCUCAUGGAGGAAAUACGAAGGGAAUCUGGUGCCGAUGCCUUCUUCCGGGCAGUGGCCAGCCCAGAAAGUGCAGCCUUGGAAGCCGUCCUGAGGCAUCGCAGACUGAUCCUAGAGGCCAUCCAACAGGGGGUGGGACUCAAGUGCUUUACUGCAGAGGAGGAACAGCUGGUAGACGCUGUGAAGGAGAUUCUGAGCAUUUCCUCUGAGACAGCCAGCCCUGAAGCUUCCCUGAAAGUAGUGCUGAGCAGAGCCAUGGAAAAAUCUGUCCCGGCCAUUGAAAUAUGUCACCUCCUGUGCAGCGUCCACAGAUCUUUCCCAGACCUGCAGCCUGUCAUGCAUGAGUUAGCAUACACUGGCUUCCUUACUCAGGAAAGUGGAGGGAGGGAAAGAUGGAAGGUGAACACCAAAUUUCACCGUGAAGCCAACGACAGAACAGAUGAGAAAGUAGCCGAGCCAGCAGAGGAAGGCUGCCAGCCUGGGAAACAGAGCGGUCAAGGCGAGACCGGUUCCUUGCCAGAGCAACAAGAGAAAGACACGUCUGCCUCCCCCGACUCUGCCAAGAAGAGCUUCGUCUGUAAGGCCUGUGACAAAAGCUUCCAUUUCUACUGCCGCCUGAAGGUGCACAUGAAGCGCUGCCGGGUGGCCAAGAGCAAACAGGUGCAGUGUAAGGAGUGCAGCGAGACCAAGGAUUCUAAGAAGGAGCUGGAAAAACAUCAGCUGGAGGCUCAUGGUGCAGGAGGAGAGCCCGAUGUCCCGAAGAAGAAGAAGAAGAGGCUGCCGGUGACAUGUGACCUCUGUGGAAGAGAAUUUGCCCAUGCCUCAGGCAUGCAGUACCACAAACUGACAGAGCACUUUGACGAGAAGCCUUUCUCCUGUGAAGAGUGUGGGGCCAAGUUUGCAGCCAAUUCAACCCUGAAGAACCACCUUCGCCUUCACACGGGGGACCGCCCGUUCAUGUGCAAGCACUGCCUCAUGACCUUCACCCAGGCUUCUGCCCUGGCCUACCACACCAAGAAGAAGCACUCAGAAGGGAAAAUGUACGCCUGCCAGUACUGUGACGCUGUGUUCGCCCAGUCCAUUGAGCUGUCCCGCCACGUGAGGACCCACACCGGCGACAAGCCAUAUGUCUGCAGGGACUGUGGCAAGGGCUUCCGGCAAGCCAACGGCCUGUCCAUCCACCUGCACACCUUUCACAACAUAGAAGACCCGUACGACUGCAAGAAAUGCAGGAUGAGCUUCCCCACUCUGCAGGACCACCGCAAGCACAUCCACGAGGUGCACUCCAAGGAGUACCACCCCUGCCCCACGUGCGGCAAGAUCUUCAGUGCCCCCUCCAUGCUGGAGCGGCACAUGGUGACCCACGUCGGAGGGAAACCCUUCAGCUGUGGGAUCUGCAACAAGGCCUACCAGCAAUUGUCUGGUUUGUGGUACCACAAUCGGACCCACCACCCUGAUGUGUUUGCUGCUCAGAACCAUCGAUCUUCCAAAUUCUCGUCACUCCAGUGCAGCUCCUGUGACAAAACCUUUUCCAACACCAUUGAACACAAGAAGCACAUCAAGGCAGAGCACGCAGAUAUGAAGUUCCACGAAUGUGACCAGUGUAAGGAGCUCUUCCCCACGCCAGCAUUGCUACAAGUUCACAUCAAGUGCCAGCAUUCAGGGUCCCAGCCGUUCAAGUGCUUGUACUGUACGGCCACCUUCCGCUUCCCGGGAGCACUGCAGCACCACGUCACCACGGAGCACUUCAAGCAGUCAGAGAGCACCUUCCCCUGUGAGCUCUGCGGGGAGCUCUUCACCGCCCAGGCCCAGCUGGAUGGUCACUUGGAAUCUGAACACCCAAAGGUGAUGGGCUCUGAACCCCAAGCAGCAGCCUCACAGGUGGUGCAGGUGAUCCAAACCCCAGAGCCGGCGGCCCCGGCAGAGCAGGUGAUCACUUUGGAGGAGACCCAGCUUGCUGGGUCACAGGUGUUUGUGACGUUGCCAGAUUCGCAGACAUCUCAGUCCAGCUCUGAGCUUGUGGCCGUGACCGUGGAGGAUUUGCUAGAUGGUACUGUGACCCUGAUCUGUGGCGAGGCCAAGUGAGUGGCCGAUCAUCCCAUGGAGGCUCCUGCGUUUGCAGCAGAGCGAGCGUUCCACGGCUUGCCGUUGGCCCUCAGUCCCUGGCUGUCCUGAGUAGCGAGCAUCUCAGCCUGCACCAAUCAGAGCACUCUCACUUUGUUCUCACAGAACCAACAGUGUUGGGGUCCUGGGCACGGACGCCACUGCCCUCCCCAGGGGACAGGCCUACUUCCCACAGACCUGCUGCUGUGGCCUCUGAUGAGCAGUGGGAUGGGAGCUGGUGACCGGGGCACUGGAGAGGUGCCGCAGGCCGGCGGCCUUCACUGUGCAGCAUGGCGGGUAGAGGUGGGCCUGCAGCCCACAGACUGGGCCCUCCAAUGGUGCCGGUGCUUCCUGGCCAUUUAGAAGUGAGAGAAAAGCACCAACACACCAUCCAGAGACCCCCCGGCUAGAGCACACUUGGCUCCCUCCUCACUCUGUCAUCUUCCCAUCCGCUUGGGUGGCCUGGCCCUCUCCUGGUGGCAGGACAGGGAGCAGCGUGUUCACACAGGCCGAGUCCCAGCUCAUCAGUACAGUUAGCCCUUGCCCAAACCAAGCCUUGCAGGGUUUCUGCGGGAUGCGCUCCCUGUGGGGCCGUCCAGCUGCAGACAAUCCCUGCCCUUCCAGAAUCUUCUCCGCGGUGUUCUAUACCCGAGGGCUGUCCCCGCAGCCUUCCGUGUUCUCCUCAGAGCCGAGACUGUCUUCCCCUCGCUCCAGAGCCUGUGGAGGGCUCACGAACCAGCGCCGGGUGCCGGGGUGCCCCGGCUCCUCCCCCUGCCACCGUCUCCCUGCCUUGUGAGCGGCCUGCUGUCCAGUUCCUCCAGGCAGCGCCUGUUACUGCGGGCUAGUGAU